GGCAACUAGCGACACUCGCGCGCUCUCUAUGGAGGAUGCGGCGAGCUGAGACGCUUAACGGAACCGGGAGAACUCCGCCGUCACCCGCCGCCGCUGCAGAAUUCCGCCUGCAGACAUCAACACAGCUGCGGAAUACACACAUACACACCCGUGUUCCCGACGCCCCGGUAAUGGCGGAUGAAAGGUAUUUGACGGGAUAUUUUGACGCGAAUGGGCUUUACAAAGAUUGUCAGAAGUUUUCUAAAAAGUUUCGUUUUAUUAUCCACAUUAAUCUGGAUUUGAAACUUCAAGAUCUCUUCACAUCAUAUACAGGGUCAGACACGGAGCACAUACAGCAUGGCCGUGCACUCCAUUUCAGGAGGGCCGCGCAAAGGUGUCGGGUCGCCGCAGAUUCUGGCUGGCUCGGGUUACUGCAAGUGGUUUAAUGUCCGCAUGGGGUUUGGAUUUAUAUCGAUGACCAGCAGCGAGGGGAAGCCAGUGGACCCUCCACUAGACGUGUUCGUUCACCAAAGUAAGCUGGUGAUGGAGGGCUUCAGGAGCUUACGGGAGGGCGAGCAGGUUGAAUUCACCUUCAAGAGGUCGAGUAAAGGUCUGGAGUCGCUCAGGGUCACGGGGCCCGGCGGGGGCCCAUGCUCGGGCAGUGAUCGACGCCCCAAAGGCAAGGCCCCGCCCCUCAAACGCAAACCAAAGGGAGACCGGUGUUACAACUGUGGAGGUCUGGACCACCACGCUAAAGAGUGUGGCCUUCCGCCCCAGCCAAAGAAGUGUCACUACUGUCAGAGUGUCACACACAUGGUGGCCCAGUGUCCCCACAAGAGGGCGCUGUCCCCCUCCACGUCUCAGGACCCCCAACGCCCCUCCACCUCCGCUCAGUCCCAGGAAGAGGGGAGCCGGUCGGGCUCGUCGUCCUCUCCGGAGGAAGCAUCUCAACGGGGGAGUCACUCCCAGCGCUGGAGGAAAAGCCGGGACUGAAAGCGACCGAAAGGUUCCUCAUGCAGAUGAAGCCCGGACCCGAAAUCAUCUACCUCACAUGGCCGGGUCACCGAGGAGAC